AUGGGAGAUCGGAGAUUAUCAAACGUCGAUUAUAAAGAUGAGGGAUGGUGUGAUAGUUUCUUUGGGGGUAUGGGAAUAGAUCGUGAAUUGGGACCACCGCAAAAUUUUCAAGCUCGCGUUAAUGAGGUUUUGUUUCUUAAUUGGCUGCCACCAGCCGGAUUUGAAUCUUGUGCAGUUACUUAUUCGCUUCAUAUUCAAAACAUGAACACUUCAGAGUAUUUAACACCCAUUGUACAUUUGGGUGGUUUCAACUACAUUUUUGAUUAUGAUAAAUACUGUAAAACAUGUCUUCACAUGAGAGCUGUGCUCUUCGCUCAUAAUAGUGGCCGAACAUCACCCUUUAGCACACUUGUUGCUUUUUUAACACCGGUGGUUCCACAAGGUCCUCCAACUUCUCUAUUUCUUAACCGUACAGAAACAGCUUUAGGGAUUUAUUGGUCACUUCCGGAAGGUUUUGAAAACUGUGGCCGUUUCUUUAGUAAUUUCCUAACUAUUAUGUCGAGAGAGACAGGACAAUUCACGAUUUCUUUCCCAAUGAGUGGAGCUUCUAAUUCUUUCUAUUUCUCGUAUCCACCAGGGCAUCCACUUGUCUGUCAAGAAGUAGAUGUUGAAGUGGCCAUUUCUUUUACAGCAGCAACAACUAUUACUGGAACUACUAUAUUUGGACCACCUGGACUUUGCUAACAAAGUCUAUAAAGAAGAAACUUUACUAAAUUAACGAGCAACUCGUUAUUAAUUGUUUAAUUCUUUUACAAUUACUAUAAAGUUUAAUGUUUAAA